GCUACCCAUCCAACAAUUUUCCGUGCCAGAUUUUGCCUUUUCCAAGUCCUCGUCUUCAAUAUAUGCAUCAUCUUUCGAUAACAUGGGCCUGUCCCACAAGUUAUAAAUGUUGGCCCUGGUUCUACUGUAAAUCUUUCUGUAACCCCCAUUCGACGUGGUCCCAAUCGCCGACAAAGACGCAAGGCUGCUGCCAAGCUUGCUGCUGCUGCUGCUGCUGCUGCUGCUGAUAAAGGAGCUGCUGAAAAAGGAGCUGCCCAAAAAAUCACUCGAAGCCGCUAAACCUAAUCUCGAAAAUGCCAAUUAUGAUUCCGAAACUGCCAAUCACCAUUCCGAAGCUGUUAAUCCUCCUCUCGAAAUCUCUAACCAUUCAUCAAAUGCUGCAAAGCCUACCACGAAACCUGCUACCGAAUCUGCCAUCAAGUCUGCUGCUGAAAAGGUUGUUAACAAUGUGAGAUAGCCUUGAGUGAUGAAGAUGGCAUGGAAAUUGACCAUGAGAAUUGCUGGAAGGAUUCUAUAACAUACUAUAAUCACAUUUGCUGCCAAUACAAAUCUACA